AAGCGCCCGUCGUGGAGAGGGUCAAAUCGAAGCCGUUAAUGAGAUCAACGGGCUCUUAAAUGGCGAGAAUCUGAAAGUGCAGACGCCAGCGACGAGCCAUGGCCACGUCCGCGAGCCAUGAAGAAGAUGUCUCGGCUCCCCUCGUCCAGAAGGAGAUCGGAGCUCAUGGCUCCCCUACGGCGGCGGCGGAGCUCGCCGCAGGCGAGAGCUCCCCGAUCGAGCAGGUCGCGCUCACGGUCCCGGCCGGCGACGACCCUUCUCUCCCGGCCGUCACGUUCCGCACGUUCGUCCUCGGGACCCUGGCGUGCUCUCUGCUUUCCUUCCUCAACCAGUUCUUCUGGUACCGCCGCGAGCCUCUCUCCGUGACCUCCGUCUCUGCUCAGAUCGCCGUCGUCCCCAUAGGUCACCUCAUGGCCGGAGUGAUCACGACGAGAGUCUUCUUCGAGGGGCGUAAGUGGCAAUUCACGCUCAAUCCGGGGCCGUUCAACGUCAAGGAGCACGUGCUGAUCACGAUCUUUGCCAACUCGGGCGCGGCCACCGUCUACGCCAUUCACAUCAUCAGCGUCGUCAAGAUCUUCUACCGGAAGGAGAUGUCGUUUCUUGUGGCGCUGGUCGUCGUCUUGACGACCCAGGUCUUGGGGUUCGGCUGGGCCGGGCUGUUCCGGCGGUACUUGGUCGAGCCCGCCGCCAUGUGGUGGCCCCAGAACCUCGUGCAGGUCUCGUUGUUCAGAGCACUGCACGAGAAAGAGCAGAGGCCAAAAGGCGGAUUGACGCGGAACCAUUUUUUCCUUAUAGCCUUCAUCUGUAGCUUCAGUUACUACGUCUUUCCUGGUUACCUCUUUCCAAUGUUGACCUCUCUUUCCUGGAUCUGCUGGAUAUUCCCUGCUUCAGUUGUAGCUCACCAGUUAGGUUCUGGACUCCAUGGUCUUGGGAUCGGUGCAAUCGGACUUGACUGGUCCAGCAUCUCCUCUUAUCUUGGUAGUCCACUGGCUAGCCCGUGGUUUGCUACUGCGAAUAUUGCUGUUGGUUUUGCCCUUGUCGUGUAUGUCAUCACACCUAUUGCUUACUCUCUCAACAUAUACAAAUCCAGGACUUUCCCAAUAUUCUCAGAUAGCUUGUUCACAUCUUUGGGACAAAAGUACAACAUUUCGACUAUCAUAGAUGAACACUUCCAUUUAGAUGCUGAGGCAUAUGAAAGAGAGGGUCCUCUUUAUAUGAGCACCUUCUUUGCUGCGUACUAUGGCAUCAGCUUUGCCUGCCUUACUGCUACCGUUGUUCAUGUGUUCCUCUUCCAUGGAAAAGAAAUAUGGCUGCUGAGCAAGUCCGCCUUUAGUGAGAAGAGAAUGGAUAUACACACUAAGCUCAUGAGAAGAUACAAGCAAGUCCCUGAAUGGUGGUUCACUUGUAUGCUUUUGGCAAAUAUUGUGGCGACUAUAUUUACAUGUCAGUAUUUCAAGGAUCAGCUUCAACUACCAUGGUGGGGUGUUCUGCUAGCAUGUGCUCUUGCCAUGGUGUUCACUCUUCCUGUUGGAGUCAUCACUGCAACAACAAAUCAGACACCGGGUUUGAAUGUGAUCACAGAAUUUAUCAUUGGGUACAUUUACCCAGGAUAUCCAGUGGCAAACAUUCUGUUUAAAGUCUAUGGGCACAUCAGUAUGAAGCAGGGGAUCGUAUUCUUACAAGACUUCAAGCUCGGGCACUACAUGAAAAUUCCUCCUCGAGCGAUGUUUAUGGCACAGGUGGUCGGUACUGUUGUUGCGGCAUUAGUGCAUCUCGGAACGGCGUGGUGGCUUAUGGAUACAGUCCCCCACAUUUGUAACCGGGAGCUGCUUCCAGCAGGCAGUCCGUGGACUUGCCCUGGUGACCAUGUAUUUUUUGAUGCUUCAGUCAUUUGGGGUCUGAUCGGGCCGCGCAGGAUAUUUGGAGAUCUCGGCCACUACUCCACCAUCAACUGGUUUUUCUUGGUAGGGGCCAUAGCUCCUUUCAUUGUUUGGCUUGCACAUAAGGCCUUUCCAGACAAGGAGUGGAUUAGACUAAUCACAAUGCCUGUGCUCCUCGGUGCCACAGUAAGCAUGCCUCCAGCUACUGCCGUUAACUACACCAGUUGGAUCAUCGCCGGAUUUUUAUCGGGAUUCGUUGCAUACCGAUACUAUCGAGGUUGGUGGAGUCGCCAUAAUUACGUGCUAUCGGGUGCACUUGAUGCCGGGUUAGCCUUUAUGGCCGUCCUCCUGUACUUGUGUUUGGGAAUGAGGCAUGUUAGCCUCAGUUGGUGGGGUGAAGAUCCUGAUGGAUGUCCAUUAGCCUCUUGCCCCACAGCUAAAGGGGUCGUCGUUGAAGGCUGUCCAGUCUUUUGAUGCGAAGAAUCAUUCGAGUUGUGGUGUAUGUAGUUUGUAAAAUUCUUUCUAUCAGGUGUAAGUCACGGACACUUAUUUAUCUUAUGGCUAUGUGAUUCUGUAAAAUCUGCCAUCGAAAAGUUGUAAAAUUGAUUAUCAUUAUGGUUAAUCUUCCACAAAUCCGUUGUUUA